AUGAGUCAGCCAGCAGCAGACCAGGAACAGGUCGAUCAAGAAGUCCAACUUGUCCCUGAGGACGAGGCUUUAGACGAAAAUGGAGUGGAUACCCAGGUGUAUGGAAUAGAUCUAUCUCCAACCCAGCCAGAUUUCGUCGUGCCAAACGUCAAGUUUGAGAUUGAUGAUAUCGAAGAGGAAUGGACCUACUCGCAACCGUUCGACUACAUCCACAGUCGCUUCAUGACCUCUAGCAUUUCAAGCUGGAAGGAAUAUCUGACAAAGUGCUACGAACUGUGCACUCGCCCGCUUCGCCAUCCUCUUGAAGGAGGCCGCGUCUUUAUUGAGCCGCCUAAACUCAAGCCACUAAUGGCAGAGGUUGGUUUCGAGGACGUGACCCUUGUCCGAUACAAGUGGCCAAUCAACGACUGGCCCAAGGACCCCCGAUGGAAGGAGCUCGGAGCUUGGAACCUCGAGAACAACCUCGGCGCUGCUGAGAGUCUCGCCAUGGCACCGCUCACCCGAGCACACGAAUGGAGCCGUGCUGAGGUUGAGGUGUUUCUUAUGGAGGUUCGGCAGGACUUGAGAAACAGGGCUAUCCACGGAUACUUUCCACUGUAA